AUGGAUUUCGUUAAAGCCCACAUAAAAGAGCCCUGGCGACUGCAUUCAACUCUGAAAAAGUAUUAUCAUAAUCGAAAAGCCUUGACCAAGCUUGUAUGCGAACUAAGCGCAAUUGUGUCGCGUUCCACAGAGUUUGAUGCUACCGGCCUUGCCUGUCAGAUUUCCGAAGACAGACUGCAUUUAAUCACUGCUGCACUUGAAUGCAUUAACGCAAUUCUUCUAACUCACUUCGCUCCUGAAUUGUUGUGCCAUUCGAAAAGCCGACUAGCCUUAAAGCACGUUCAUCACAUCAUUCAACGGUUACGACCUCCUGCUCACUUACAAAAUGAUUCAAGUUUUUAUACAAGUCUCCAAGUGCCUCUUCGGUGCGUCUCCAUCAAUUUCACACCUAUGCUUUUCUCCGUUCUACCAACUGCCCAGGAGCUACUCUUUGGACAUCGAAUUCUCGCCUGCUUCUGAAUCGUUCAACUUUGGUCUGUGGGUCGGCAAAGCAAAUAUCAACGGAACGAAAACGCAUUCCAAGCGAAGCAGUUCUCCGCUCAUCUCACUCACUUCCAUUCUCCCUUUCGCGUCCCUUAACAGAUGGGCGUCUACAUGAUGUUUCUCACGAAACUCAUGCAUAAAAACCUUUAAAAACAACUUUUGACAUUUUUUGAAGACGUUUGAUUGGAUGGAG